AUGCCCCAAAUGACACAUAACACAAGCUCUAACGUGACAUGUUUCAAUGAUGAUUUGAAUGUCAUGACAGCGAAUUCUAUCCGAUCAACUAAUCCCGAGACGAUAUCAACUGGCGCUAAUGUACUGCUAUCAACAGUUCUACUAAUGAUACAAGACGGUUAUGGUAAAGAACAUUUGGCUCGGGCACUACUGGACUCGGGUUCGCAAUGCAACCUGAUGAGCGAGCAACUUUGUCAAAGAUUACGAUUAGCUAGAAAACGAACAAAUCAACCUAUUUUCGGUAUCGGAGCGUCACAAACACAAACUCUCGGAAGUGUAUCCACCAACAUACGUUCAAGAUGUAGCAAUUUCUCUAUCCCACUUGAGUUUUUAGUACUACGCCAAAUCACCACGAAUUUACCCACUCAUACUAUACCAUCGAAUGAGUGGAUGAUCCCAAGGAAUAUUAACCUGGCCGAUCCCGAAUUCCACGUGUCCAAAGGCAUUGAACUUAUCCUCGGAGCCGAACAUUUGUUCUCGUUCCUGAAAGGUGGCCGGAUACAAAUUGGUAAUCCUUCACCCGUAUUAGUUGAAAGCGUGUUCGGAUGGUUUGCUACAGGAAAUGUUAAUGCAAAUCCCAAUCCUGUUGUCGCAUGCCAAACAUUUUGUUUUUCAACGAUCGAAUCAAUUGCCAGCAAUUUAGAGAAAUUCUGGCAGAUUGAGGACAUUGAUGCUACUAUCCCAUCCCCGAACGAACAAAUUUGUGAGCAGUUUUACCGAGAAACAACCACCAGAGAUACUACUGGUAGAUAUAUAGUCAAAUAUCCUAAGAAAGACAAUAUAACCAAAUUGAUUGGUGAAUCAUAUUCCCACGCCCUGCAACGAAUGGAAAUCCUUGAGCGAAGGUUGGAUAAAACUCCCGAACUGAAGACGAAUUAUCAUAAUUUUAUCGCUGAAUUUAUCGAGUUGGGACAUAUGCGAAAGGUAUCAACGAACGAAACGAUUCCACCGGUGGUCUAUUAUCUCCCGCACCAUCCUGUACUGAAGGACUCUAGUACCACAACGAAGGUACGCAGCGUAUUCUAUGCUUCAAUGAAAACUAGCACAGGUUAUGCCUUAAACGACGCACUGUUAGUCGGUCCUGUAGUCCAGCACGAAUUAUUGAGUUUAAUCCUCAGAUUCCGCAAAUAUAAAGUGGCACUAACAGCAGAGAUCGAGAAGAUGUAUCGCCAAAUUUCUAUACAUCCAGAUGAUCGUCCUCUACAACGUUUGUUGUGGCGGUUUAAUAAAGAUGAUCCGAUCAGUGAAUAUGAACUGACCACUGUGACGUAUGGCCUGUCGUCAUCAUCAUUUCUAGCGACACGAACACUACACCAGCUAGCCGAAGAUGAGGGCGAAUCGUUUACUCUCGCUGCGAGAGCCUUGAAAAGAGAUUUUUACGUAGACGACUUUAUUCGAGGCGAAGACAGUAUAGAGAAUGCUAUCAAACUUCGCGAACAAAUGGAUGAUCUUCUUAAGCGUGGUGGUUUCACUUUGAGGAAAUGGUGUUCUAAUCAUCCGGAGGUUGUGGAUGGCAUCCCAGAAGAGAAUCUGGCUACACAAUCUUGCCAAACGUUCGAUUCGAAGGAAAUGAUAAAAACUCUGGGGAUAUGUUGGGAUCCAAAGUCCGACCAAUUUCAAUUUGACAUUGAUCCAAGCGUUAACAAUGAACCAAUAACGAAACGCAAAAUACUGUCGAGUAUCGCAUGCUUGUAUGAUCCUCUAGGAUUGAUUGCACCAAUAUUAGUACGUGCAAAAAUAUUGCUACAACAACUAUGGGCGAUUUCACUGUGUUGGGAUGAAGAGGUUCCACUUGAAAUCCGAAAGAAGUGGAGAAGAUUAAGUGAAGAAUUAAGCCCCUCAUAUGAAUUGACCCAACCGUAUGAAGACCAAGAAAAUUAUUUUUAA